AUGGCACGUUCAAGAGGAUCAAGAUCAGUUUCCAGACCACAAAGGCGUUCGGCAUCCACUGCAGCAAUUAGCCGUCCUGCACCACCAGCAUCGAAUGCUUACUCGCAACCACCAGCUGCCUCUGCAGGAGCAGGAGCAGGAGCUCAACCAAGACAACCAGGUAUGUUCGCCCAAAUGGCUUCCACUGCAGCUGGUGUCGCUGUUGGUAGUACGGUAGGUCACGCAGUUAGUGGAUUAUUGUUUGGUGGUGGAUCCGCUCCAGCAGAACAACCUGUUCAACAACAAGCCAUGGAUCCAUAUGCAUCUCAAAGAACUUUAGAUCAAGAACCUGCCCAAUCAUGUGAUGGAGCCGCUAAGAGUUUUACCAAAUGUUUGGAUGAGAAUAAUGGGAACUUCCAAAUUUGUGAUUACUAUCUCCAGCAAUUGAAAGCUUGUCAAGAAGCUGCUCGCCAAUACUGA